GCCGUUCCCACCGGUGUUGUCACUCUAAAAAAUCUUUUUUUUUAAAUAAAGAUGUUGAGUGUACUAUUUUUCAUAACCGUCGCCAUCUUGGUGGCGUAUAAAUUUUAUUCUAAGAACACCGUUACUUAUGAAAAAGUAAAUAAAUACGGAGAAAAUAAAGUUAUGGUUUUGAAAGAGGCGCCGGGGCCUACGCCAUUACCGAUUAUCGGUAAUUUACAUCUGUUGGGCAAGCAUGAAUCCCCAUUUCAAUCUUUCACCGAUCUUGCGAAAGACUAUGGGGAUAUCUUUAGCUUGAAACUGGGAACAGCGAAAUGUUUAGUAGUCAACAAUUUGGAGUUAAUACGCGAAGUUCUGAAUCAAAAUGGGAAAUUUUUCGGCGGUCGACCCGACUUCCUACGCUUCCAUCAACUCUUUGCCGGAGACAGGAAUAAUUCACUAGCCCUGUGCGACUGGUCGAACCUGCAGCUCCGCAGAAGAAACCUAGCUCGUCGCCACUGCGGUCCCAAGCAACACACUGACAACUACGCCCGCAUCGGUGACGUCGCCACCUUCGAGUCCGUCGAACUAAUUCAAACCCUUAAAGGUAUAACCAGAAACUCCGACGAAGCUAUCAACUUAAAACCGAUCUUAAUGACGACAGCAAUGAACAUGUUCUCCCACUACAUGUGCAACGUUAGAUUUGACGCGGAAACCGAUAAUGAUUUUAGAAAAGUCGUCGACCAUUUCGACGAAAUCUUCUGGGAAAUCAACCAGGGAUACGCCUUGGAUUUCCUGCCUUGGCUCAAGCCGUUCUACAAGAAGCACUUGGACAAACUCUCAAACUGGUCUUCUGACAUCCGUUCCUUCAUUCUAUCAAGGAUUGUCGAACAGAGGGAGAUGAAUUUGGACAUCGAAGGGCCUGAAAAGGACUUUUUGGACGGUCUCCUCAAAGUUUUGCACGAAGACCCGACGGUCGACAGGAACACCAUCAUAUUCAUGCUUGAAGACUUCCUUGGCGGUCACUCUUCUGUUGGUAACCUUGUUAUGUUAUGUCUCACAGCUGUAGCCAGAGACCCUGAAGUAGGCAGGAAGAUCAGAGCAGAAUUAGACGCUUUGACUAAAGGCAAACGACCUGUCACUCUCCUAGACAGACACAGCAUACCAUACACAGAAGCUACGGUUCUAGAAUGCCUAAGAUACGCUUCAUCACCGAUCGUACCUCAUGUAGCUACAGAAAACGCAACCGUUGCUGGUUAUGGAGUCGAAAAAGGUACAAUAGUCUUCAUAAACAACUACGAACUGAAUACGUCAGAAGAAUACUGGGAAAGGCCAGAGGAAUUUGAUCCUUCAAGAUUCUUAGAGAAGACUAAAGUCAGAGUGCGCAGGAAUUCUUUAUGUGAUUCUGGAAUGGAGUCGGACGGCGAGAGACCUUCGAAGCAAGCUGAAGCUAACGUGGAGAAAGAGGUAUGGUCUGUUAAAAGAAACAUCCCUCAUUUCUUGCCAUUCAGUAUUGGAAAGAGAACCUGCAUUGGUCAGACUCUAGUUACAACAAUGAGUUUUGUAAUGUUUGCGAACAUUAUGCAGGAAUUUGAAGUCGGGGCUGAGAGUCUUGAAGAUUUGCGUCAAAAACCGGCUUGUGUAGCGCUACCUAAAGAUACGUACAAUUUGUAUUUGAUACCACGUAAAUAUUGAUUUGGUUUUUGAAAUUAUUUUGGGCUUGAUUUCUUUUUUAGGUUCUUUUUAGUUUGAGAAUCUUAUGUCUAUUAAAUUCCUAAAAAAAAUCGAGGUAGAAAUGAAGGGAACGUUUCCACUUCAAAAAUUAAUUUCUUCAGUACAAUUUUUCGAUUGUAAGAGGUUUUUAACGUAGUUGUUUUUCGUAUUAACUUUUUCGCUAUAGAUUCUCUUUCUAAGAAAAUAAACAAAAAAGAAUCAAGAAGGGUUCGCUCAAAAGUUAAUUUAUUUUUUCGAAAUAAUACGAUUACUUACUUGUCUUAAAUAAGUUAUUUUUUAACAUAUUUUUCGGUAUUAAUAUUGACAUUACGUGGGAAUUACAAAAUUAUUCAAAUAGUACAAUUUAAUUUUAAAAAAUACGUAGAAUUGAGACCAAAAAUGACGAUUGCGUGAUUGUGGAAACAAUACAUUGCCUUUAAAUUAUUAUUAAGUCUUUUGGAAUGAAAACAAAACUUGAAAUAUUAAUAAUUAUGUAGAAAAAGAAAACGUGAGGAAUUUUUUAAUCAAAAUAUGCUGAUACAUUGACUAAAAAUGCUAGUAGUUAAAAUCAAAUGUUUAUUAAAAAAAAAUAGUGACGUAAAAAAUAGAGGUAGAUUUUGGUAGCAAUGGUAUCUUUUGCGAUAAUUCUUUCUUUUAAAUUAUUUUUUUACGAGUUGUACUUACCUAGGUAUACAUAGUUUGAUUAACAAGAUCCUUACGUUUGUACUAUUUAGCUUAAAUGAAGUAAUUAUCUAAAAAUUGUAACCAUAAUGACAAAAUUAGUUCCUUUAAAAAAAUAUUUUUUUCAUAAUGUUACAAUAACAAUUAGGAUUUUAUUUUUAAUGGCAAUAAUUGGGGUAUAAAUAAAAAAUAAACGACUGUAUCAUGCUUGGUGGACUAAUGCUUGUAUUUAGUAGAAAAAAAAUGUUUCUGAUGACGAAAUAAUGCUAAAAAAAUGGCAAUCCAUUUGAAAACGCAAUUUUUGAAUCACUGAAACAUUUUUUGUUUAGAAUUGUAGUAUUGUAGUUUUCAUUAAACGUAGUGAAUUGAUCAUCUCUUAGAAUUCCUUUUAAAUACAUAUACGAAUAUAAUAAACUCAUCAACAUUGGCUGUUUUAAAAAAUAAUGAAACCGAGAGCGCAGUUAGACAGUUGACCGUAGCGACAUCUAGUAGGGAGUAGACAAAACUUUUCUUUUAUGUAAUUUAUAAUUUACUUCGCUCUUCGGUUAAUUUGGAUAAAUGAAUGUUUGAUUUUGUAUUAACUUCUAGAACUGGUAUAAUCAUUAGAAAUAGUAAUUAAAAUAUAGACUUAAACGGGGGAAAAUUAUGUAAAACACUCUUAUUAAGAAUUAGAUUUUUUUA